UUAAAAAACUUAGCAAGAAGCGGGAGUGCGGCUGCUCUCCGAAUCUCGUCCUGUUUUCUUCCAAAUUCCUUUUCUUUUUCUCGUUAUGGCGGAGCCCAAUAAAAGACAGCGGCUUAGCCAUAUCACCAGCGGCUCACAGACGGGUUCUACGAGCUUACUCAGGGGCCCCGAAGGAGCAGGAGAAGCUGGUUCCUUUGUGGAGGGCUCCAUACUUCGCAUCACGAUGAAAAACUUCCUGACAUACGACUACUCUGUGGUGCAUCCUGGACCGAAUCUGAACAUGAUUGUUGGAGCCAACGGAACCGGGAAGUCCAGCAUCGUGUGCGCCAUAUGCCUGGUUCUGGCUGGCCGGACUGUAACUCUGGGCAGAGGAGACAAGGUGGGGCUUUAUGUGAAACGUGGCUGUCAAAAAGGUUUCGUUGAGAUAGAGCUGUUUAAAAAUGGAGGUAAUUUGGUAAUUAGCCGAGAGAUCCACGUGGAGAACAAUCAGUCGCUCUGGAUUCUAAAUGGUGGAAUCAGCAACCAGAAAAAAGUGGAGGAGGAAGUGAAGGCUCUCCAGAUCCAAGUCAGCAACCUCUGCCAGUUUCUACCUCAGGAAAAAGUUGGAGAGUUUGCAAAGAUGUCCAAAGUUGAACUUCUCGAGGCAACUGAGAAGUCAGUUGGGCCACCAGAAAUGUACGAGUACCACUGCGAGCUGAAAAACUUCCGCAACAAAGAACGAGAACUGGAGAAUGUUGUGAAGGAGAAGGCGAGCUUCCUGGAAAAGGCCAAGCAGAGGAACGAGAGGAACAAGAUCGACGUAAACCGUUACUACGAAAAGAAAAGGCACCUGGAUGUCAUUGAGUUGCUAGAAAAGAAGAAGCCAUGGGUGGAGUACGAGACCGCACGUAAGGAGCUGGAGGGCUUGAAGAUGGAGCGGGAAGAGGCCAAAAAGCAGCUGUCUGCCCUGAGGCAGGCGCAGGCGCCCAUGUUGAAGAAGAUCCAGCAGAUUGAUGACCAGCUGAAGCCCAACGAGGCGCAGAUGAAGGCCAAGACUGCAGCAAUCAAAGACGCCUCUGUGAAGUGCAAACAGAAACAAGAUCAGCUGGAUCGGAAACACAAAGAGAUCGACGACAUUAAACAGAACCUGCGACUGAAGCAGACCGAAGAGGAGGACCACCAGAAGCGGAUCAAUAACACCAGACGGACCAUUGAGGACCUGAAGUCGGAGCUGGCCAAAAUCAGCGACCAGCCGGACGUGACGCCACAGAUCAACGCCGUCAACAUGGAGCUGAGGCGCAUCCAGGUGGAGAGAGCUAAGAUCGAAGGAGAGAGGGCGGACCUGCGCAGGGAGGGCGACAACAUCAAUGCCGAGUCGAAAAUGUUGGUAAGGAGGCUUAAGGACAUGAACAACAUGAUGAACGCCAAAGAAGAGAAGCUGCGAGGACGCCACAGGGAUACACACGCUGCCCUCCAGUGGCUGAGGAAGAACCGAGGGCUCUUUGAAGGAAAUGUCCAUGAACCCAUGAUGCUGGUGGUGAAUGUAAAGAAUCCAGAAUUUGCUAAGUACGUGGAGAACCACAUCCCCUUCCACGACCUGCGGGCGUUCGUUUUCCAGAGGAAGGACGACAUGGAGAAGUUUAUGACCGAGGUCCGUGACAAAAUGAACUUGAGAGUUAACUCCAUUUCUGCUCCACCGGAGUCGUGUUCCAGGCGGGCGCCAUCCCGAAACAUCGAGUCCCUGAGACGUUUUGGCUUCUUCACUUACCUUCGCGAGAUGUUUGAUGCUCCUGAUGAGGUGAUGAGCUACCUUUGCUUCCAGUACAAGGUGCACGACGUGCCAGUGGGAAACGAACAGACCAAAGCUCUCAUCAAAACGGUGAUUGAGGAGCCCUACCUUAGGGUGUUAUACACAACAGAUGAGAGGUACACUGUCAAAAGGUCCUUCUAUUCCAACAAGAUCAGUACCAGCAACUCGGCAGUGCACGUCUCUCAGUACCUCUCGAUAACCGUGGAUGCUGAGGAGAAACGGCAAGUGGAGCAGCAGAUGAAGGCCUGUGCGUCAAGACUGCGAGAGAUUGAUGAGCAAAUGAAGGCCCUGCAGAAGGAGGCUGCCAGUCUGGAUCGCAAAGAAAACGAACUGCUAUCAGAGAAGAAACGUCUCUCUGAGCAGAAGGGGAAGAGGAGACAACUGGAACAGAAAAUCAGCACAAAACAGGACAGUCUGAAGCAAAUGGAGCAGAAUGUUGUGGAUUUGAAAAAAGUUGAAGAGGAAACUAAAGAAAAAAUUAAGGCCGUCAAUUUGCUGAAGGUCACCAUAGCUACAGCAAUCGUGGCCCAAAUGAAGCUGAGAGCCAAGCUGACGAUGGAGAAGGUGCAUCUGGCUUUGGAGAUGGCGGGGUUAACAGCAGAAAAGAGCAAGCUGGAAAACGACUGCAGGGAAAGUGCCUCUGAAUUUAAAACCCUGGAACAAAGAUGCAGCCGUCUGGAGCAGAGGAAGGUCCAGCUGACUGAACAGUGCAAAGGCCUGCUGAAGAGGGCGAAGUCCAACUGUCGGAUGCAGCCAGACGAGGCGUUAUCAGAAGACCUGCGCCAUGCUUUCAGCAAACUGCCCGACACGCUGGAUGAGGUCGAUGCCAUGCUGAACGAGGAACGCUCCAGAGCCGAGUGCUUCACUGGUCUCAGUGAAAGCGUUGUCGAGGAGUACAACAGGAGAGAGCAGGAGAUCAAACAUCUGGAGAGAGAGCUUCAGAAAAAGACAGAGUCCUUGAAUGCCUACAGGCAGAAUAUAUCUGAGGCAAAAGAACGCUGGCUGAACCCUCUGAAGCAGCUGGUGGACCAGAUAAAUGACAAGUUCAGUGACUUCUUCCGCUCCAUGCAGUGUGCAGGAGAGGUGGAUUUGCACUCGGAGAACGAGGAGGAAUACGACAAGUACGGGAUUCGCAUUCGCGUGAAGUUCCACAGCAGCACGCAGCUUCACGAGCUCACGCCGCACCAUCAGAGCGGAGGAGAGCGCAGCGUCUCCACCAUGCUUUAUCUGAUGGCCUUGCAGGAGCUGAACCGCUGCCCCUUCAGAGUGGUGGAUGAGAUCAACCAGGGAAUGGAUCCUGUGAAUGAAAGGAGAGUGUUUGACAUUGUGGUCCGGACCGCCUGCAAAGAGACCACGUCUCAGUACUUCUUCAUCACGCCAAAACUGCUGCAGAAUCUGCAGUACGCCGAGGAGAUGACCAUUCUCUGCGUCCAUAACGGGCCUCACAUGCUUCCUCCCAACGAAUGGGACAAAACGGCUUUCACCCGACGCCGCCUCCAAAGAAAAGCCAGGGCAUAAACCCAACACAGCUAAACAUUUCAAAACCAGCACUGAGAUUUUUCACACAGGGUUUAAAAUUGGAAGUUGUUUAGUUUUUCAUAUCAAUACCCCGCUUACAUGUUUGACUUUACAUUUGAUUUUCAUGGUUAUUUACUAUUUGCACAUUUCCACUUUAAGUUCAGCAUGUUUUGCAUGAGGCAAAAAAUGUAAGAUAGUGUGAUAAUAUGUCUAAAUAAAUUGUUUUGUAAGUCA